AUGGUGACUUAUGAAAGAAGUGUUGUUUCACCUCUAGUGCUCAAUGAAGACAUGUCUUCCUUACCAGAAAUAGGUGUGAGAACCAUUCUUGGUGAUAGAGAUGAUUUUAAAGCACAAUGGGGUCAGUUACUUGCCGGUCAGGUUGGUUCGCUGCUCGCAAAGCAACAAAUACAUAACACAGGAAAUUCAAAAGUCCCUAAAUUAUGCUUAGGCCUCCAUGUUCCUUGGGAAUUGUCAGAUGAAAAAAACGGUGACUUGGUAGUCUAUAUUAUGGAACUGAUUCAAAAAGUACGAGUAUGGUAA